AUGUCAAGGAAAGAAUCAACAUUUCCAGAGGACAAUGACGAAAGGCCUUAUAAAUGUACUGUUUGUAAUAGAGGGUUUCAUAGAUUAGAACAUAAAAAGAGACACAUGCGUACACAUACGGGUGAGAAACCACAUGUAUGUAAUUUUCCAGGUUGUGGUAAAAGUUUCAGUAGAAGUGAUGAAUUAAAGAGACAUUUAAGAACACAUUCAGGUAAUACAAGUCGUAAUUCUAAAAGAUUUAACAAUAGAGGAAUGCAAGGUCCAAUGGUUAAUGUUUAUGAAGAAAAUGGUCAGGCUAUAUUAUUUCCACAACCUGUUGGUACCCCUGUGCAAACUAUGGCAAUUAAUAUUCCAGCUAUGAAUAAUGGAAUGUUUUCACCUACACCUCAGCCUGGUGUUUUCCCAAUGAUGGUACCAUUCAUGAAUGCUGGUUAUCAAACUUAUCCAACUUAUUUAACGGGAAUUCCUCAAUCACCAAUGCAGUAUCCAAUGCCGCAAUCAAUGACGCAAUCAAUGACGCCGCCACCACCCCCAUCAAUUUCCCAACCUCAACAAACAUCUGCCAUACCAAUGUCACAACAAACAAAUUUUAAUAGCAUUAAUAAUAGUGCUUAUUAUCCACAAUAUCAAAGUUUUGUUACUUCAAAUAGCUCGAUGACGUUAAGUGACGUAUCUUCUGUUUUCUCUAACAAUAAGCUUCCAAGUAAUACCAAUAAUUACGGUAAUGUAAUGAAUAAUAAUAUAUUAACAGUGAUUGAAUCACCUCGUUCAGAGAUAAAUGAAGCUGAUUUAACCAUGCCAAAGGAAAAGACUGCCACUCAAAAGAUUUCAUCUACCAUUAAGAAUGCAUUGAGUACACUUCCUGUGAUUAGACCAAUUGCUACAAAAGCAAAGAAAGGGAAAAUUCAAAAACCUAUAUCUAAUAAUGAACUUAGAUCUGUCUCAAAUACAGAUAGUAUCAUUUCAAUAAAUACAGCAUUAAACAACAAUACCAGUACUAAAUAUUAUGAUCAUGAAGAUAUGAUUACAACGAAUGAGGCUGUCCCAAGAUUAAGCAAAAAAGAAUCAACAUUCUUGGAAAUUAGUGUAACUCCAAGAGGAAGAAUAAGACAAAAAGCCGAUUUUCAUCUUUCAACAGAUGAAGAUGAUACAUCAUCUGAAGAAGAAAGAAAAGUUAAUGAUAGUAGUAGUAUCCUGACAGAUAAAAGUUUAUCAAUUUCUACAAAUUUUGAUGUUCAAUUACCACCAAUGAGAAAUAUCUUAAAACAGAUAGAUGUCUUCAACAAACCUGUAAAUUAA